GGAAAAUACUGGUGUGGGGUGACGAAAACUGGAACAGACAUCUACACUGAAGUCAAGCUGAAAUCAGUACGAGACAGCUGCUGUGACACUGUGACCAAAGUUCAAAGUUAUGAGGGACACUCUGAGUCUGUCAGUUGUCGGUAUGAGUCUCAGUACCAGAACAGCCUGAAGUACAUCUGCAGAGGAAAUCGGCCCUCCACAUGUCUGCAACAGGCACUAAUCACCUCUGACACCAAACAAAAUGCACGAUUCAGACUUGAUGAUGACAAAGUGUUAGGAACAUUCACAGUGAACAUUAGCAGUUUGACUCGUAAUGAUUCAGGGUCAUACCUCUGUGGUGUCCACAGAAACUCUGAGCUGGAUGUUUUCUCUGCUGUUGAGCUGGAAGUUGAAGAGUGGUGCUGUGUCAAAUCAACUAAAAUAAAUGGUACUGCAGGACAUCCACUAACUCUGCAGUGUCCUUAUCCUCCACAACACUGGGAUAACAGGAAGUUCCUCUGUAAGGGAGACCAUCGCAACAACUGCACAGACAUCUUGAUGAGUCGAAGCAGGUUCACACUGCAAGAUGAUGCUGCUUCCAGCUCUUUCACAGUGAGGGUCACAGAACUAGAAGCAGCUGAUGCUGGAACAUACUGGUGUGGGUCAGACUCACAGUGGAGAGUUGGAAACUACACCAAGAUUCAGCUUUCAGUUGUGUGA